CCUGCUGCCUCGGCUUCCCACGAUUAAUCGUGAGGAUGGUGUUGACAGCGGGAGGCGGCGGACGGCUAGUUUUACAUGAUUAAAUCGAUGACAGGGCCAGGUGAGAUCGCUUUCACACGGGACGAGCACAAAUCCGUCGCUGCGGAGAGGGACGACACUGCCAGGCCGAGGACAGCGCUUGUCUUACUGAUGGAAUCCCCGGUCCUUACUAGACGGAGAAACCGAAAGGGUGGACUCGUUAUAAAUAAUUAAAGAACCUAAAAAAUAUAUACCCUUCUGCUGCUAAAAUAGAAGAAAAAUGCAUCUGCACCAGGUGCUGACGGGAGCUGUGAACCCCGGAGACUGCUGCUACUCGGUGGGAAGCGUGAAUGACAUUCCUUUCACGGCCUAUGGCUCUGGCUGUGAUGUUGUGAUCUUGGCCAGUGAUUUUGAGUGUGUGCAGAUUAUCCCUGGAGCUCAGAAUGGAAACAUACAGGUGGGCUGUGUGGAGUGCUCCCACCAGCUUGGCAGGAUUGCUGCAUCCUAUGGAAACACAGUCUGCAUCUUUGAACCCCUUUCCAUCAACCCUAACAAACGGCACAAGCAGCUUAACUAUCAGUGGCAAAAGACAGGACAGUUCUUCCUCGAUGCCAUCACGUACAACCUGGCCUGGGACCCGCAAGGGAACCGUAUCCUAGCAGCAACUGAGCGGCUCCAGCUGUGGGCUCCCCCGCUGGCAGAUGCCCUGAUCGAGGAGGAGGAUGGGCUGAUGAUCGAGGACAAGCCCCACCCUUUCCUCAACGACUGGAACUGUGUCUGGCAGUGCAAAACUGCUGCGUCUAUUCACAUUGCAAAGUGGUCUCCUGAUGGGGAGUAUUUUGCAACAGUUGGGAAGGAUGACUGUUUGCUUAAGGUGUGGUAUCCUACCACGGGCUGGCGAUCUGCCGUGGUGGUACAGGACCCGUCCGACAAAAAGCCUCCGUCUGUUCACUUCUCCUUUGUUUACCUGGCUCAUCCUCGUUCUGUCACUGGUAUGUCAUGGAGGAAGACCAGCAAGUACAUGCCCAAGGGUUCUGUGUGCAAUGUGAUGCUGACGUCCUGCGAGGAUGGCGUGUGUAGGUUGUGGUCGGAGACCCUGCUACCAGAGGACAGCCUGCUCGGUGCACAGAUCUCGGAGAACACACACUCUUUUAGCUCCAGCCUGCCAGGCUUGGCUGGUAAUAAGGACAAGAUCCAGCAUGCGUUGGAGUCAAUUCACCACCUGAAGCAUUUGCGCCGGGGCCGGCGACGGUCCUCUGCUCUGGUGGCACACAAUGAGCUGCUGCUGCCCUCUCAGCUGGGCACGCAGGACACACACACUCACCGCCACAUCGCCCACCAUGCCAAUGCGCUGUGUCACUUCCAUAUCUCUGCCAGUAUUAACCCCAACACAGAUAUCCCCACAGUACUGGCUGACUCUGCAGUGUUCAAUCCAGAUGAUGGCACUGGUGGCGGAGGCUUCGUGGUCCACUGGCUCAACAAUAAGGACCUGAGCUUCACAACUUCUAUGGACCUCUUUAUGCUGCAACUCCGAAAGUUCUCCGAACAACAGCUGGACCAGACUGCGGAGGACCCCCUGGACUCUGAGGGAUCCCCUAUGAAGUUUGACUUUGACCUGGAUGACAUAUCGGAGAAAGCGUCCUCAGAACACGGUGAAGAGGGCGAGCCGGGGGAGCAGGGAAGCACCAAGGCAUCCUCUCCGGGAUCUAGCUCCAGCAUGCCCUUGCCAUCCAUGUUGUUGGAGAGGAAGCUGGAGAAUCUGACCUUAGAGUGGAACAAGAGCCCUGACAUGUUGUUCACCAUCCACCCAACAGACGGCUCUUUCCUGGUUUGGCACGUGAAGUACUUAGAUGAAUUCAACCAGGGAAUCUUCAGACAGGUCCAGGUGUCCUUCUCCUCGCGGAUCCCAGUGGCAUUUCCCACAGGCGAUGCCAACUCACUGAGUAAAAACAUUCUCAUGUACGCCUGCACUUUGACUGAGGGUGAGAGUGCUGCGUCUGGGGAGCAAGGAAGGAUGGUCCAACAUGUGGCCCAUUCUGCCUCAGCAUCCGCUAGCCUGGGUUCACCCGCACUGGCUGCUGCUCUCAACCCACGGCCUGGUAUCAGUCCUGCUGUUAUGAUGGUUUCCAAGCACGUUGAUGGAUCUCUCAACCAGUGGGCGGUGACGUUUGCAGAGCGCUCUGCCUUCUCGAACGUAUUGACCGUCUCGCACAAGUUCCGGUACUGUGGCCACCGCUUCCAUCUCAAUGACCAAGCCUGCCACACGGUGCUGCCACUGCUGCUGACGUCCUCUCAUCACAAUGCGCUGCUCACACCUCCUUCAGCUCCUGGCAGUAUGGAGGGAGAGCAGCCUCCUACCUUUCCUCUACCAAGGGGACUACGCAGUAGCAGGAAGCAGCUUCGUAACGCAGCUACGAGGACCUUCCACGACCCCAACGCCAUCUACAGUGAGCUGAUCUUGUGGAGGGUGGAUCAUAUCGGACCUCUGUCCUGCACUGGAGGGGUCUCCGAACUGGCCCGCAUCAACUCUCUCCACACCUCUGCUUUCAGCAACGCUGCAUGGCUGCCGACACUGAUACCCAGCUCUGUACUCGGAACUUACUGUAACAGUGCCAGUGCCUGCUUCGUUGCAUCAGAUGGCAAAAACCUGCGUCUCUAUCAAGCAGUGGUGGAUGCAAGAAAACUACUGGAUGAGCUGUCAGAUCCUGAAACUUCUAAACUGGUGGGCGAAGUGUUCAACAUUGUUAGCCAACAGUCCACCGCCAGACCUGGAUGUAUCAUAGAGCUGGAUGUCAUCACAAACCAGUGUGGCGCCAAUACCCAGCUGCUGCAUGUCUUCCAAGAGGACUUCAUACUAGGUUACAAGCCUCAGAAGGAACCAGAUGCAUACACACCGGCUUUUCCUUGUGGUGAAGAUUAUCAACCCGCGCCCUUCUCUGAGAAGUUCUUCUUGGUGGUGAUAGAAAAGGAUCUCAACAGAAACUCUGUCCUGCAGAUGUGGCAUCUACAUCUCCAGUCUGUGCAGGCCUGUGUUGAUGAACCAAGCCCGGAUUAUAGCUUCCAGAGUCAGCUAAUGGUUCCCAAUCAAGUCGCGAAUCCUGACUCGUCUCCUGAAACCUCUCCUGUCAGACCUCUGCCACGAUCGGCCUCUUCAGCCAACUUGCAAUCAGCCAGCAAACUCAUCCUCAGCUCCAAGCUGGUGUACAGCAAGCGACUGGACCUGCCCCAUGGGGUGGAGGUUACCAGAGCUACCCCGUCUGCAGGUCAUCUUAGUUCCUCGUCUAUCUACCCCGUGUGCCUGGCUCCGUACCUGAUUGUCACCACCUGCUCUGAUUCUCGCGUGCGUUUCUGGCGCUGUGCUGUGGAGGGCGAUGACGGAUAUAGUGAGGAUGAGCACGACAACCGGGCGUACCGAUGGGAGCCUUGGGCUCUGAUGAAUGAGGAGGAGGACAACAACAGUGCCGUGUGUGUGUCCGGGCGGCCCGUAGCUGUGUCCUGCUCCUACACUGGCAGACUGGCGGUGGCCUUUAAGCAGCAACAACAAGGACAGCUGCAGGGUUCUGUAAAGGACUUCUCAAUGCAUGUGUCCAUUUACGAGUGCGAGUCUACCGGUGGCUCUGAGUGGGUUUUAGAGCAAACGCUCCACCUGGACGACUAUGCCAGACCUACAUCCACUCUAGAUCCGAGAGUCAGCGUGGACUCCAACCUUUUCGUCUACAGCAGGACUGACCUGUACAUGACUAGAGACCAUAGCUCCCCCAACAUAAAGCACUAUGUGCAUCUGGACUGGCUGUCAAAGGAGGACGGAUCUCACAUCCUCACUGUGGGGGUUGGAUCCAACAUUCUCAUGUAUGGCCGUAUCUCUGGCGUGGUCAAUGAGCAGACUAGCAGCAAAGAGGGGGUGGCUGUCAUCACCCUUCCUCUAGGGGGCAGUAUCAAACAGGGUAUCCGCUCCCGAUGGAUCCUGCUCCGAUCUGUGGACCUCUUGUCUUCAGUGGAUGGUACACCGUCUCUGCCAGUCUCUCUGUCCUGGGUAAGGGACGGCAUCCUGGUGGUGGGUAUGGACUGUGAAAUGCACGUUUAUGCCCAGUGGCAUCAGGACAAGAAGCCCGGAGAGGGAGAUGAGGGCAACCUGUCAUCUGCAGAUAUUGCUGGAGGUCAAAGCACAGGUUUCCCCUCAGUCUUUGAAGGGAGAGCCAGGUCAAAGAGUGUGUUUGAAGGGAGUGCUGCAGUGGAUGAGGCUCUUCGUGCCCCAGCAGGACUUCAGGAAGGGGGACUGUUUGAAGCAGCACACUCCCUCUCGCCCACCCUACCGCAGUAUCAUCCCACCCAGCUUUUAGAACUCAUGGACCUAGGCAAGGUUCGCCGUGCAAAGGCCAUCCUUGCUCACCUGGUGAAGUGUAUUGCUGGGGAAGUUGCCAUAGUAAGGGAUGUGGAGGCAGGUGAGGGUGGAUCCAGGAGGCAUCUGUCCCGCACCAUCAGCGUGACCGGCAGCACGGCAAAAGACACCAUUGUGGCUGGCCGCGAUGGAGGCAGGGACUACACUGAGAUUAAUUCCAUCCCUCCCUUGCCGCUCUACGCGCUCAUGUUGGCAGAUGUCGACACUUCAUACAAGGGAGCAGAAGAAGCUGUGAAGGGAUCCACGGUGGCUGAUGGUGAGAGGGCACAGAAAUCCGCAGAGGACCAGUAUGCUGAUCUUUUCCAGUUACCAGCGGUUACCACAGACGACUUUGUCAACUUUGCCACGGACAAACCAGAGAAGAGGUCUCGAGUUAUUAACCUCUCUCAAUAUGGACCUACCUACUUUGGACCAGAACAUGCCCAGGUAUUGUCCAGUCACCUCAUGCACUCUAGCUUACCAGGGCUGACCAGACUGGAGCAAAUGUUCUUGGUGGCCUUGGCUGAUACCGUUGCAACCACCAGCGCUGAGGUCACAAACUCCGCCGAUCAGCAAUACACAGGUGGUGAGGCUCUGGAUGAGUGCGGGCUGAGGUACCUCCUGGCUAUGCGUCUUCACACUUGCCUGCUCACCUCUCUGCCCCCUCUCUACCGCAUGCAGUUGCUCCACCAGGGCCUGUCAACAUGCCACUUUGCGUGGGCCUUCCACUCAGAGGCAGAAGAGGAACAGCUGCACAUGAUUCCAGCCAUGCAGAGAGGCGACCCACAAUGGUCCGAGCUCAGAGCGGUUGGAGUGGGUUGGUGGGUCCGCAACAUCAACACUCUGCGGAAAUUGGUGGAGAAGUUAGGUAAAGCUGCCUUCCAGAGACACAAUGACCCUUUAGAUGCUGCUCUGUUCUACUUGGCCAUGAAGAAGAAAGCUGUGCUGUGGGGGCUCUUCAGGUCUCAGCACGAUGAUAAGAUGACUCAGUUCUUCAAGAACAACUUCACUGAAGACCGCUGGCGGAAGGCAGCUCUGAAAAAUGCCUUCUCACUGCUGGGAAAGCAGCGCUUUGAACAGUCCGCUGCGUUUUUUCUUCUGGCGGGAUCACUCAAAGACGCCAUCGAGGUGCUGUUGGAGAAGAUGGAGGAUCUCCAGUUGGCUAUGAUAGUAGCAAGGUUGUACGAGGCCGACUUUGAGAGUUCGUCCACAUGCCAAGGCCUCCUUUACGAGAAGAUGCUGGGCUGUAACCGGGACGGAAGCGGUUACCACUGCUCCAGACUUCACCCUGACCCAUUCCUGCGCAGCAUAUCCUACUGGAUUAUGAAGGAUUACACCCGAGCGUUGGACACACUGUUGGAGCGAAUCCCCAAAGAGGAUGAUGAGCAUCCUGAUGACAUGGUGAAAUCUUGCAACCCUGUGGUGUUCAGUUUCUAUAACUACCUGAGGACACACCCUUUGAUCGUCCGUCGCCACUUCGCGAACCUAGAGGGCACAACUACAAGCGUGGGCCUCACGGCUGAGAGGAACAGCGCGGACGAGAUCAACCUCAUUGAGCGCAAACUGUUCUUCACAACUGCCAAUGCACACUUCAAGGUGGGCUGUCCAGUUCUGGCUCUGGAAGUGCUAUCCAAGAUUCCCAAAGUCACCAAGAAGUCUGGCUCCUCGCCUCUCAGCAAAGCUUCUUCCAAGGCCAAUGUAAACUCAACCCAGCCCCUGGAGAAUGGCACCCAGGGAGGUGUUGACUGGGGCUCACCAGCAGCCCCUGCCCCUGCCUGGGGAGGAAGUGAUAGUGUGGGUGGGUUGGACUGGAGCCAGCCUUUGGUCAAGGUGGAGGAGGAUGACCUGAAUCUGGAGUGGGGAGAUGAUAAGGAAUAUGAUGAUGAAGAUGACGAAGAUGAUGGUCUGAACAUGAAGAAACCAGAGUUUGAGACCAAAGCAGAUGCAGGUCCAGAGAGUGCUGGGUCUAAACUACAGAAAGCAGACUCACAGGGCGAGUCAGAGGUGGACGUGAUAGCGGAGCAGCUAAAGUUCCGUGCCUGUCUGAAAAUCCUGAUGACAGAGCUGCGUACACUGGCCACAGGCUUUGAGGUGGAUGGUGGGAAGCUCCGCUUUCAGCUCUACAAUUGGCUGGAGAAGGAAAUAGCUGCCAUGCAUAAGAUCUGCAACUACAAGGUUGAAGGAAAGGAGGAGGACUCGGAGGUGGAGCGGUGGGGAGAGCAUACAGCAUCAGUAGACAUAUCAGAUGAGGCCCUGGAGCAGUUAGAGGCCGGGGCCUACGAGCGUCACCAAAUGGAGAGACGUCGCCUCCAGGCGAAGCAGCAGCACUCCGAGAGGCGAAAGGCGUGGCUGAGGAAGAACCAGGCCCUGCUCAGAGUGUUUCUGUCCUACUGUAGCCUUCAUGGAGCCAAGGGAGGAGGAGUCACCUCAGUUCGCAUGGAGCUUCUCUUCCUUCUGCAGGAGAGCCAGCAGGAGACCACGGUGAAACAGCUGCAGUCUCCUUUGCCUCUGCCCACUACACUGCCUCUGCUGUCAGCUUGCAUCGCCACCACCAAGACAGUCAUAGCGAACCCCGUUCUCCACCUCGGCAACCACAUCCACGACAUCCUCCACUCCACCAUUCUCAUGGAGGCACCGCCGCAUCCCGACAUCAUCGAUGAGCGGGUGAAUGCUCUACACACACUAGCCGCUUCUCUGUCCGCCUGCAUCUAUCAGGCACUGUGUGACAGCCACAGCUACAGUAGCCAGACAGAGGCCAACCAGUUUACAGGGAUGGUUUACCAAGGUCUGUUACUCAGUGAGAGGAAACGACUCCGCACCGAAAGUAUUGAAGAACACAUAACUCCCAACUCGGCUCCUGCACAAUGGCCAGGUGUGUCGUCCCUGAUUUCUCUGUUGACGUCUGCCAGGGAGGAAGACCAACCAAGGCUCAACGUCCUGCUGUGUGAAGCGGUCGUGGCUGUUUAUCUCGCGCUGCUCAUUCACGGCCUGGGCACGCACAGCAGCAAUGAACUCUUCCGUCUGGCCGCACAUCCUCUCAACAACCGCAUGUGGGCCGCUGUCUUUGGAGGAGGGGCCAAAGUCAUUAUUAGGCCGAAGAGGCUUGAGACCCCACCAGUGCCAGCUGACUUUGAGGCAGCCAGGCCAGAGGAGUCUCACGACGAGACAGGAAGACCUGAGCAGUGCAGCCUCACCCCAAACCCCACUCCCAUCCCCACUGAAACCCAGCGCCCCAAACGACCUCCUCCUCCUCCCAUUUCAAGGGGAGAGGGGUCGGGCACUGUGGCACCAGCACCUAAGGCCAGCUUAGCUUCCCCUCAGCCUCCAGCAGAGGACGUGGACAGAUACAGGCGCAGGUUCAACAUGAGGAUGCUCGUCCCUGGACGCCCCGUAAAGGAGACGCCGGCCAACCCUCCUCCUGUGCCCAUGGAGAGACCCACCUACAGGGAGAAGUUUAUUCCUCCUGAGCUGAGCAUGUGGGACUACUUUGUGGCCAAACCCUUCCUGCCGCUGUCCGACAGCAAUGUGCUGUAUGACUCGGAUGAAAGCGAAAACGAAGAUGACGAAGACGACGACGACGCCUUCCUUUCUGACACGCAGAUAACGGAGCACUCUGAUCCCAACUCCUACAGCUGGGCUCUGAUCCGCCUGGUCAUGGUGAAACUGGCUCAUCACAAUGUCAAGAACUUCUUGCCUCUGACCGGCCUCGACUUCACAGACCUGCCAGUCUCGUCCCCUCUCUGCAACGCCGUGCUAAAGACUUUGGAGAACUGGGAGCAGCUUCUUCUGGAGCGAAUGAACAAAUUUGACGGCCCGCCUCCCAACUACAUUAACACUUACCCCACUGACCUCAGCGCAGGAGGUGGCCCUGCCAUUCUACGGCACAAGGCCAUGCUGGAGCCAGACAACACACCCUUUAAGACAAAGAACCACCAGUCCUUCCCAGCCCGGCGUCUUUGGCACUUCCUGGUCAAACAGGAAGUUCUACAAGAGACGUUGAUUCGUUACAUCUUUACUAAGAAAAGGAAGCAGUGUGAGUCUGUAGAGAUCCAUGUGGACCGUAAAAGCCAAAAUGGUGUAGCAGGAGCUAGCCAUCCCCAUAAGGUGGAGGCAGAUCUUGGGUAUCCUGGAGGCAAAGCUAAAAUCAUUCACAAGGAGUCUGAUAUCAUCAUGGCUUUUGCCAUCAAUAAGGCCAACUCUAACGAGGUAGUGCUGGCCUCCACUCAUGAUGUCCAGGAGGUGGACGUGUCCAAUCUGGUGGCUGUCCAGCCGUACACCUGGAUAGGAGAGGAAUUUGACAAAGAGUCCCGCAGCUCUGACGACGCAGACCAUCGCUCGUCUCACACCAACAUCGCGCAGACGAGCUCUGUCCCCUUUGCGCCGCCACAGAUGCCGGUCUCUGCGUCCAUGCCAUGGCUCGGCAGCGGGCAGACCAGCAUGGGGGCCAGCGUGAUUAUGAAAAGGAAUCUAAACAACGUGAAGAGAAUGACAUCCCACCCCAUAUAUCAGUAUUACUUGACGGGGGCUCAGGACGGCAGUGUGAGAAUGUUUGAGUGGAACAGACCUCAGCAGCUGAUUUGCUUCAGACAAGCAGGCAAUGCCAGAGUCACCCGCCUCUAUUUCAACUCCCAGGGCAAUAAGUGUGGAGUUGCUGAUGGAGAGGGCUUCCUCAGUCUCUGGCAGGUCAACCAGACGUCCUCCAACCCCAAACCCUAUCUGAGUUGGCAGUGCCACACAAAGACCUGCGGUGACUUUGCCUUUAUCACAUCCUCCAGCCUCAUCGCCACAGCUGGCCAGUCCAAUGAUAACAGAAAUGUUUGCCUGUGGGAUACUCUGAUUUCACCAAGCAAUACCAUGGUCCAUGCAUUCCCCUGCCAUGAGAACGGGGCCACUGUGCUGCAGUACGCUCCCAAGCAGCAGCUGUUAAUCACCGGAGGCAGAAAGGGAUUUGUGUGCUUGUUUGACAUCCGUCAGCGGCAGCUGCUCCACACUUUCCAGGCCCAUGACUCAGCCAUCAAGGCCCUCGCACUGGAUGCCUUCGAGGACUUCUUUGUCACUGGGUCUGCUGAGGGAAACAUGAAGGUGUGGAAACUCGCUGGUCACGGCCUCAUGCACUCUUUUAGCAACGAGCAUGCCAAGCAGUCCAUCUUCCGCAACAUCGGCGCCGGUGUGAUGCAGGUGGAGACACGGCCCGGCAACCGCAUCUUCACCUGCGGCGCGGACGGCACCCUGAAGAUGCGGGUCCUGCCCGACCGCUACAACAUCCCCAGCAGCCUGGUCGACGCCCUGUAGCGGCUACUUCCACCGUCAAGGGUCCAAAAAGGAAAGGGACAAAAAAAAGAUGACACAUAAAAAGCUUAUGUAACACUCACUAGGCAUUAAUAGUAUAAAGGGACAAGUCGGUGAAAAGAGCACCAUGCUUUUGGCAUCUUUGAGCGUGCAGUGUUCACGGGUUCACAAAAAAACCCUCCCCCUCGAAUGAGAAACGGAGCUGCAAAUUAUUUUUUUUUCUCCCCAAAGGCUGAAAGCGAAGUAACAAGCAGAAGUUAUACUUGAUUUUAAAAAAGCUAGAUUUAUUGUCAUUUUAUUAAAGAAUCCUCUACUUAGAGUGUGUCCAUAGGGAAGCUAUGCAUGUCCUGUUCUCGUUACGCGGUGCAAUCACAGGUCUAUUGAUAGUGCUCUGUAAAAGUGCUCAAGCAAAACUUUAAAACGAAGAAAAAAAGCAAAAAAAAAAAAAAAAGGUGUGUAACUGUUGUCAUUUUGUGCCCACAGCUGAACUCUCUUAGCAUCUACUGUAACCAGCACUGUGGUUUGUAAUUAAGUCAGUGGUUUCCGGUGUGAAUCGAGUUGUUGGAAUCUGCAUUUUUGUUUCAAUGGUUUUGGCCCCACCCCCUUUCAGCCCUGACCGAAGAGUUGACGGUGAGCCCCUCCCCCCACACAUACACACACACCACACCCCACCCUCUCUACGUCACUGGCUGCCCCAUCACUCACUCUGGCCUCUCCUGGUGUCGGCUCCACCCGGCCCGAGUUGGUCAUGAUGUGCAUGUGUGUGUGUGUGUGUGUGUUCACUCUGCUGUGUGUGUGUGUGUGUGUCACCUGCCCUCAAAUGCCUGUUUGUGUGGCAGACGUCACUGCUAGAACAUUCCUGUUGUGAGGAAGACGAUGUGUUUUAACUCCUGUGACUGUGAUUUCAAUGUUUUCAUCCGUCUGGUCCAAACACCUUAAACACCUAAACACCCAGGGCAGAAACACAAAGGUUUACUUCUCGUUUUGCACAAGAUUCUUUUUUUUUUUUAAUUUUCUUAUUUAAAUUAUUUAUGUGUUUGCAUCCGUUUGCUCGCCCCCUUCCUUUGUAAGACUAUUUAACUUAUUGCCUUUUUAUUUUAGGAAUGUAAGGGGUUUUACUGUAUCUGACUGGGAGACGUGCAACACAGUCUACUGUACGUAAGGUGCGUGUGUGUGCGUGUGUUUACCUCGCUAGUUGUUUUUAACUGUUUCGUCCACAAGGAAUAGAUAUUUGCACUCACACUCUGGAGACACUAACAAAAAAAAAGGUUUAUUUCACAUAAAUAAGGUUAUCGAAGAAGGAACUGUUAUAUACAAAUGAAUGUCUGCCUUUAUUUGGCCUAGUAGUAAAAACGUUUGAAAUAGUUUUAAUAUAUGAAUUAUAAAUAUAUAUAUAUAUAUAAAUGACCUAAUAUAAAUACACAUAAGUACCAUGACGGCUUGUACAAACAUAAAAAGCAUUUCUUUAUUUUUUGGUUUCAUAUCAUACCAGCUGGAUUAGUUGUACCUUUUGUUAAGUGUAUGUAUGGUAUUUAUUAAAAGAGAUUUGUGUUUCUCUCCCUCCUUCCCAACUACGUGUACUGUAUGUAUCCUUUGUGUUUUACCAGUGGUCCUACUGAUGUCUGACGUGUGUGUGCGUGUGUGUGUGCAUGUAAUGAUGCAAAAGAAGCCAGUAUCACGGGAAGACACUUACUGGGGCACUUGAGCCUGGAGGUGUGUGACAGAACAGGUCAUGGUCAGAGUUUUACCUUUGUAAAGUGAAUAAAUUCUUUUUAUUUCAUCAGGAA